AAAAUUUAUAAAAUGAUAAUCAAACAAUAUUUAGUUGUAAUAUAUAUAGUAGAGAAGUUUUGGAAGCACAUAUUAAUCAUUAUAUAACAAAAUAGAAUUCAAUUUAAAUAGAGAAUUUCCAUAUUUAUAUUGUGUAAAGUAUACGAAGUACUUCUAUAAUAUUUAUUAAAACUAUAAUUAUUUCGCUACUGCCAAAAUAUGCCUAAUAUGAUCAAGUCAAAUCACGUGAAUGAUUUUAUGAAUGAUCGUGAUUUAAAUCAUAUUAAUUACAGUGGAAUUCAUCAAACAAAUGGAUAUACAAAUAAACCAAAUAAUUCUACUGGACGUUAUACAAUUUUAUCAAAAUCGACAACAAUAAGAAAUGGAACAAGUAAAGGUUCUUAUCAUCCUGCUAGUCAUUAUUUUCAACUUGAUACAACAAAACGUUCUCAUUCACAACAAAGUAUAGGAUCAAAUAUUUCUAAUGGGUCUAUAAAUAGUUACAAUGGUACAAAUAAUUCAUCAAAGAAUUCUACUAAUGGUAUUAAUCAAUUAUUAUCUCCAUCUGGUGAUAAAUUAAAUGGUAUUCAUACAAAUUUAAUUAAAUAUCCUGAUAUACAACAUUCUAAAUCUCAUUCAAUUUCAUCUACAUUAUUAUUACGUGAUGCAAAUUUAUUAAAACCAACAAGUGUAUAUCGUGAACAAAGUCGUUCAGUUGGUGGAAGUUUAUCUUGUGGUCAACCAAGUCCAACAUCAACUGUUGAAGAUACUAAUACAACUGCAUUUUCACCAACUAAUACAAAUACACUUGAUAUUAAUAAUACUAAUCGUACUAUUUGGUUAUAUCAAUCUGAAUUAAAUUUACCAACAAAUAGUGAAGAUACUAGUCUUGAUUCUAUAAUAACACCAUAUAAACGUUCUGAAAGUCAACAAAUAACUAUUAUACCAGAAUUUGAUUAUAGAAAUCGUAAUCAUACAACUAAUAAUAUUUCAUAUAAUCCAUACGUUACAAAAUAUAACUCUGUAAGUUCUGCCAUGUAUACUGGUAAUAAUACAAAUCAACGUAACAUUACAAAUGAAGACUACAUGAAUAAUUAUGUAUCAGGUCCAAGCUUUCGUAAAAUUCAAACUCUUCAUAAUGGAAAUGCAACACAGAAACGUUUUCCAUCAGAUACUACACUUAAUUCAACAACAAAAGAAGGAGCUCAAAUAUAUACAUCAGGUAGUCGCCCUGGUCCAGUGACAAUCCCUGCUCGAAGCAGAAGUGCACAGCCUAGUCCAGGUCCAAGUCCAACCAUCAGUCCUGUAACAUGUUUUCGAGCUUCUGAAAAUAAUUUGAUAUCAAGUUCUGGAGGAGAGAAAAAUUCAUAUACAGCAACAUCACAAAAAAUUAAUUUAAAUGUUACAAAUGUACAACGACGUGGUUCUUCACCAUCUAGAGUUGAACAUAACAAUGUUAAUUCAUUUUCUUCUGAUGCACCAGAGGAAGACAAUGAAGCUCACAUUUUACCGUCAGUUAGAGAAAUUAUACGUCAAGUUGAAGCUAUGACACAAUCGAAUGCUGCCACAUCAACUACAGAUAUAUUUACUCUUGGUCUUAAUAAUGGAACAACAGGGAAUCAUUCCAUUCAAAAAGAAAGUAAUCAACAAUCACAAUUAUCAAAACAGCGUAAAGUAAAUUCAACUAAUGAUAAUCAAUUUGCACGAACUGGUAUACUUAGACAAUGUGGUAGUAGUCAACGAACACCAAGUGCACCACAGCUUAGAACAGCUAAUUAUGGUAAUUCACAAAAGUAUACACCUAUUCAAGCGAAAUUCAAUGCAGCUGUUGCUUCGAAUUCACAAAAUACUACAGCUCCUCCUGUUCCACCUCAUGGAAUUGCACGUAAUAAACCAAUUAUUGGAUCAUUUACUAGAAGAAUUGAACCAUUAACUAAUGAUUCAAAUAAACAAACAGAUUUUGGAAAUGUAACUGGUGCACCGAAAAAGUCUGAACUAUUAAGCCAUUUACCUACGGAUUAUCAAAAGUUACGUGAAGCAUUUAUUGAACAAAGAAGAGAAAUUCAACGUCUUCGUAAACAACUAGCAGAAAAAGAUUUACAAAUUGCCCAAUUAGAAGGUGAUAUACGAUUAUAUGAACCAUGGCGUUAAAUGACAAUUUAAAAAAAAGGUUUUAAUUAUUAGUGAAAUGGAAAAAAAAUGAAAAAAGAGAAACAGAAACAAACAAACCACCAUUUUCUUUUACAUUACGAUUUUUCUUGUUGGUAUUAAUCAAAAUGUUCCUCUCCCUUUUUUCCGAAAUCUUUUUUGUUUAUGCAUUACUAUGCAUUGAAAACCAAAAGAAUCAUAUAUAUAUAUAUAUAUAUAUAUAUAUAUAUAUAUAU